UCAUCUAAGUGAGUCACUGUUUAUGUCCCGCCCUUGUACGGCAGUCAGUCCUGUUCAAUAUAAAGGAGGAAUUUGGGGGUGUGAAAUGGUCUUCGCUCGCUCAAAAUAAACAGCUACAGUGGGUUGGUGGGACUGAACACUUUACAAGUUUGAAUACAGUGAGGCGAGCCACAGGGACCCAGCCCCGCUCCAGAGCGUGUCGCAGGUGGAGGCCAUGGCCAACGCGGAGAAGAUCAAGAUGGCGACGGUGAAGGUCCUGGGCUGCGUGGAGAAGGUGUCCUCCUUCGCCUCGUCCGUGGACCCGCUCUUCGGCAUCGUCAGCGCCCUGGUGGGCGUGGCCCGCAAGGGCCUGGAGGCGGGCGGCGAGCAGACCCACGAGCAGGACGGCGACUUCCGGCAGGUGCACGCCAAGCUGGAGAGCAUCUCGCAGCGGAACCGGCAGGCCCUGCGCCAGAUCCGCCUGGACGAGGUCAACGAGACCUUCGGCAAGUACGAGGAGUACAUCAAGCACCAGUACGGCGCGCUGGUGGCCAUGGUGGAGCUCGUGGGGAAGGACCCCGAGGGCGCCGAGCGGCACAUGGCCGAGUUCGAGCGGGUCUACGAGCGCGACAAGGCCGACCUGAGCCUGGACGUGUACUACCGGGGCGUGAUGGGCGCCGGCUCCCUGUUCGGCAGGCCCCUGCUGCGCGUCUACCUGGAGCACUGCCAGGCCAGCCGGCCGGUGAUGGAGCGCCGCUGCUCCCACCUGGCCCACCUGUUCCACGUCGGCCUGAUGGCGCUGAUGGCCUACACCGCCGUCACCGAGGACGACGAGGACGAGGUGCGCGAGAAGUGGGGGCCCCGGGUGCGGGACAUCCAGGCCAAGAUGGACGAGGCGCUGAGCCAGUGCGGGGAGGAGGGGGCGUCGGCGUAG